AUGGCUGACGAUGGAAUGCUGCUAAACUUCGACCUGGGGUCUGGUCCUAUCAAGCCCCAGGUCAAGUUCAAGGGUGGACGCUGGCGCGACAGGAAGCAGGCCGAGAGGUCAACAAGGAUAGCGUCCGGGAAACAGACUCAGACCAAACAUUCAAGAGAUGGAACCGACGAGGGAAGGUCUUCAAAACGACAAAGGACAGAUGACGAUGGCUUUGAUGAUGAUUUUGAUUACAAGUCUGCCAAUAGAAAUGCUUCGCGACCAAGACAAUUCGACGCCGAUGGCCACGGACCGCCUCGAAACCCCGAUGGCAAGCCAAAACAGAUUAUCUCACGUCUCUUCUCGUUCAAUCCUACUCAAACAACAGAGGUGCAAGAGAAGCAGGAGGAAUGGACCGCUCCAGAGGCUACCAAUGCGCCGCUAUCAGAUGUUGCUAACUUUGGUACCUUGACGAUAUCCGCCCGACUGGUUGACGAACUUGGCAAGAUGAACCUGGAGCGACCCACGGCUAUUCAGAACAAGGUCAUCCCUCACAUGCUGACGAGCAGCUCCGAUGCGUUUGUCCAGGCCGAGACUGGUUCUGGAAAGACGUUGGCCUACCUUUUGCCCGUCCUACAUCGCGUUUUGCAAUUGAGUGAGAAGGGCAAAGCCCAGAUUCACCGAGACUCUGGCGCAUUUGCUAUUAUUGUUGCGCCCACUCGUGAACUUGCCAAGCAGGUUCAUACAGUCCUCGAGAAGCUUAUUCGACCGUUCCCAUGGCUUGUGUCGACCGCGAUCACUGGUGGAGAGUCCAAGAAGGCAGAGAAGGCCCGUAUACGAAAGGGUGUCAACUUCUUGGUCGCUACCCCCGGCCGACUCGCAGAUCAUAUCGACAACACCAAGGCGCUUAACCUCAGCACGGUCCGAUGGUUGAUUCUUGAUGAAGGCGAUCGACUUAUGGACUUGGGUUUUGAGGAGGAUUUGAAGAAGGUUAUUACAACGCUCAAGGCGGUUGAGCCUUCGGACAAGCUACCAGACGGAACACCGCUCAAGGCCCUACCGGAACGAAGAGUCACAGUACUUUGCUCGGCUACCAUGAAGAUGAACGUGCAGAAGCUUGGAGAGAUGAGUUUGGCAGACGCGACAUUCUUGGCAGCAAAGAAGGAGGAGAUGGAGCUCGAUGUGGAUAAGGAGAUGAAGGCGCCUGCGCAACUUCACCAGUACUAUUCUGUGGUUCCAGCCAAGCUACGACUCGUUACCCUUAUCGCGUACCUCAAGGCUACGUUCUCCAAGCGCGGCAAGACGAUGAAGGCGAUUAUCUUUAUUUCUUGCGCCGACUCGGUCGAUUUCCAUUACGAAAUGCUACGGGAUCCUAACAGCACCGACGCACCUGUAGCAUCUUCCAAGGACGCAGAAUCGGUUUCGAAGACAGUAGCAAAGGCGGCAUACAUUACCUCUCCAGCGAGCCCUGAGGUUGUUCUCCACAGAAUGCAUGGAUCUCUAUCGCAACCUAUCCGUACGGCUACUUUGCGAUCAUUCUCGGCUUGCAAGUCGCCAUCCCUUCUAAUCACCACUGAUGUUUCCUCUCGAGGUCUGGAUAUUCCUUCGGUCGAUCUGGUCAUCGAGUACGAUCCCGCGUUCAGCUUUGCCGAUCAUAUUCAUCGUGUCGGUCGAACUGCUCGUGCUGGUAGACCUGGUGACGCUCUUCUGUUCCUCCUUCCCGGAACCGAAGAAGGCUAUAUCGAGCUACUAAAGCAGUCAACACCACCAACAUCGCAAUCAUACGACUCGAUCCUACAAAAGGGAAUGAUGAGCAAGCUCGAAUUCCCGGUCGAGACGACAGCGAAACCGGAAGAGGGGCAGUCUUUCCAUGACAAGGCGGAGACUCUCCAGUUACAUAUCGAACAGCGUCUGCUAGAAGAUACCAACCGCCUAGAACUUGCUCGAAAAGGCUUCAAGUCCCACAUCAGAGCAUAUGCUACGCAUACCAAGGAGGAAAGGAAGCACUUCGAUAUUACAGAACUACACCUGGGACACACAGCAAAGAGUUACGGCUUGAGAGAAGCGCCCGGCGGCAUUGGACAGGGUGUGGAGAGGAAGACUAAGAAGCGGACGAAUAAGGGUGCUGAGAAGGAAUCGGACCAGGCUGUGGGAGACGAGAGGCAUAACCAGAACAUAAUCAGGAAGAAGAGUAUGAUGAUGAUGAAUAUGCCGGCGGACGAGUUCAAUAUUGGUUAG